UCAGUUUCAGGCUCUUGUUUUAUCUUCCCAAUGCUUCGCCGUUUUCUUCUGCACCUACCUGUAACCUGCUCCCACUCUCUCUCAAACCCUCCUUCUUCAAUCACCACCAUGCUAACUUAACACUCCACGCUCAAAAUCAUAGAGCAAAAAAACCAGAAAUCUUCAACUUUUUUGUAGCAGAGUUGAAGCAAGCUAGAGUAGAGUGAAGGUUGAAGAACAUGAUGUUAGGGAAGAGACCUCGUCCUCCGAUGAAGAGAACCACCAGCAUGUCGGAGAUAACCUUCGAUCUGAACACGGCGCCGGAAGAUGGUGGUGCUACCGGCAACCGGCACGGAGGAGCUGCUGGUUUUAACGGUUCAGAUCAGAGCAGGAUUUUGGCCACGGUUUCGCCCAGAAAUCACAGAACGCAUUCUGUGGAUUUUGCUCAAACCCCUGAUUUCUUGCGUUGUUGCUUCCUCUGUAAACGCCGUUUGGCUCCUGGCCGUGACAUCUACAUGUACAGGGGUGAUAGUGCAUUUUGCAGUCUAGAGUGCCGUCAGCAGCAGAUGAACCAAGAUGAGAGAAAGGAUAAGUGUUGUGUGGCAUCAAAGAAACAAGUUGUGGCUACUGCUGGGUCUCAAGUCACCAGUACCAAAGGGGAAACUGUGGUUGCCACAAAGUCGUAGCAUUCCCCAACAAGGAUUAAUACUAAUGAUGCAGUAUUAUUAUUAAUUCCUAGCUAUGUCGUCUAGCUAUGCCUAUGCUCUUUCAUAUAAUUAAUUAAUUAAGGUUAAUUCUGUGGUGCCCAGAAUUUUUUUGGGUGUGGUACUC